AUGACUCCAGUCAUUUGCAAGCAACCAGAUGAGCGAGUGAUCUAUCAAGCGACAAAGCAUGUUUUUGUCGGGAAAUACGCUAAGUUAAGAGAUCGUGGUUGCGUUAGAAUGUCGAUUAAUAACAAUCUGCGGAAAGGGAGUCUGGUGCAGGAAGUCGUUACUCAGCACGGCUUUGACGCUGUUGCUCAGACAGUGUUGAAGCUACUUUCGGACAAGGUUUAUGAGUCAGAUAUGGUUGUAAGACAACGCUUUCCCGAUCUAUAUGAGCCUGCGUCAGUCCAGACGGCCGUCAGGAAGCAGGGAGAAGCAGAGGCCACCAGGGCCGAGCACGUCGCGGUUGAGGUUGUUGAACAGACGAACUUGGUCAACGGUCAGGAUAUGCGUCACACGGAAGAAGAUAUAACGACAGUAAAUGACAGUCGCGACGGCAGUGCGUGCGACAUUGCUGGCAUCUCAUUGUCAUUUCCAGUCUAUCUGCCGUUUCCUACGGAGCAUCUUCUUAUGGAGAAACUUCAAAAGGUCCUGGAAGCUGCCUGUUAUGAGUAUGGAGUAAGGGAACUUUCGAGUAUCUUGCAAGAACGUCAUUGGGACUGUCCUGAAGCGGUAGAGCUUAGCCAGUGGGCAGAGCUGCUUGGAAAUAAGGGAAACUUAAAGCGCCAGGACAGUGACAGGUCACUUAAGGAAUUAUUGCAUUCGAUUGCGCAAAUCAGACAUACAGCAGUCCAUCGCCUCCGAACCAGCUCAGUCGGACUACAACGGUUCCUCGCCGACGCCGAAGACCUUACCAGAGCCCUGGGGGACAAUUUAUAUAUACAAGCUAUCGCAAAACUCAAUUUAGAGACUCAGUCAACACUUACAGAGCUUGCACAGAACAAACAAUCCAUUCAGCUACGUCUAGAAGAGGCUCAAGAAGAGAUAGCGAAGCAGCGUGCCGAACUAGAUCAGAAAGAGCAGGAUAAUUUGCGCCGCAUGGAAAGGGAAGAUAUGAGGUACUGUGCUCAGGCUGGUGAGAGACUCGGAAAGGCUCUGCAUCUUGUGGGAAAGUUUGCAGUAGUGCCGGAGAGUGAGGACCCAGCGAUGGGUGGCAUGGACAGCGACAAUGCUUGUCCUGCCUCUGAUACCGACAGCAACUUGGAUCACGCAGAGCAUUUCGAAGACUGCAGCGAGUCAUGA